GCUCCCAUUCCCUACCCCGACUGCUCGAUCCACUUCUCAUUCAGCGGGACAAACCGCACCACCGCAUCUGGGUCCUCGAUUUGUUUGGAUCAGCGCAGAGAGAUGAGGACUUCUACUGUGGCCUUUGCUGCUCUUCUGCUGCUACUUCUGCUGGCUACAAGAGCACAUGGAAUCAGGCUGAACAGGCAGUUACAUGAAGCAAUCACAAGCAAGGAGAUGGCCGAUCCGAAGGCCGGCGCCGGCGAAGCAUCCGUUGUUGCUGACUCGGAGAAGAAGCACUGCGCUCCCGAAGCAGGGCGUUGCUCAUCAGCAGGAAAGGUCAAAAAGGCUCUGGCGCGCGCUGGUGAAACGGCAGGAGCGAAGCAGCAGCAGGAGAUCGGCUCGACGGUAAACGUUCACGACACGACGGUCGUCGACGCCGGGGCAACGCAGCAAGCCGGGGCGGCGAGCCACGGGUCCCCGGGCGUAGCGGCGCGGCAGCGGCAGACGACGACGACGUACCGGGACCUCAUGGAGAUCGCCGGCAUGGACUACUCGCCGGCCACGAGAAAGCCGCCCAUCCACAACUGAGGCGCGGGCUUGGUGGUUAAAGAAAGAUGAGAGCACGUGAGAGCCGCACGCAGUACAAGUAGUAGCUAUAGCCAGCUAGUGGUUGCGACUGGCCUAUUAGCUUUGUUUGUUCAUUAGUUUAGCUAGCUAUAAGCUAUAGCCGGUAGCCGUCGUAGCUGCUAGCGAGCGCUCCGGCGAUCCUGAUUCCCGGCGGCCGGCCCUGCUGAUUGCUGAUGAAUAGAAUAGUGCGUACAGCUAGUGACCCAUGGAUACUGGACAGCAUCGCAGGAAAUGCUGCACCUUUUGUGACGACGAUACUACAAAACUUGGCGUUUUCACUUUC